CGGCCAUGGCCACCGACUAAGCGACCUGGCUUCAUCAUCAUGUGAACACACUAUAACCAUGGGAUGGGACAGGGACUACAUCAAGCACGCACUCACUCUCUCCGCCGACUCUGUUGCCGUUCUUGUUCGAGUCCUUGGCAUCAUGGUGGUGAGCUCUGAGCUGAUACUUGUUGCUGCAUGCGUAUAUUUUACUUUAACCCCUCAGGAAACAAUGGCUCUUGUAUGUACUGCUCGAUAUGAUGAUGAUGGCUGCUCGUUUUAAUGUCUUGUGCUGUUCCAUCCCGCAGCUGAAGAAUGUGCUUCCAUUUUCUAAAAUAAAAACUGAAGAGUGUGCAGGAGAAAUCUGAAGAGUAGAGGAGGAGGAAGAAGCGCUAUUGAAUGAGCACUACAGCUCGAAAACAGAACUUUUUUGUUGGGAGAAUGGGAUGAUUCCCCCUCCCGAAUUUAAACUGUACCACUAUGUACUGUACUGCUAGUAAAGACAGAAGCUUGGAGCAGCUUGUGUUUUAGUGUUCUGGCUAUUCGGUGUAAGUGAAUGCUUGGUUUGGCUGGCUCUCGUGUUGAUUUGCUGGCGACGAUGCAAUUGCUGUAUCUUCACUUCGGGCUAUGAAAUGCUGUUUUUUCAUUUUCAUUCAUCCAUCACUGGUGUAGUGGAGUCCAAUGCAAUGCAAGAGCCUCUGUAAUGAUGUUGCUUUGUUCCUGCUACUUCAGCCUGUCAGUCUGUCAGUCUACACUGCUCAUAUUCAGUCUGUCUGUCAAUCGGAUCCGUUCCACCGGAAGAGGUCAGAUCUCCUCGUCGCCUCACCUGUCCUGCCGUUGACUCCCGCUGGAUGGCAGCUGCCACAGCCGUGUUCGCCGCAACCAGCGCCAGAGCCACCGCUCCUCUCCUUCACCGCAGCCGGACCCGGAACUACUCGUGCGGCCUUGCGACUGCGGGGCCGUCGCCGUCGCCGUCGUCGUGUGCCAGUGCCAAUGUCCGCCGGCGCCGCCCGAUACCGGCGUCGUCUUGCGGCGUCCAUGGACGCGGCCCCCUCGUCCCCGCGUCCGACCACUGGGGCAACUGGACCUUCCUCCUGACCACCGCCGCGCUGGGCAUCUGGUCGGAGAAGCGGACCCCGGUGGGGAAGGCGCUUAGCGGGGCGCUGGUGAGCGUGCUGCUGGGUCUCGCGGCCAGCAGCGCCGGCGUGGUGGCGGCGGACGCCCCGGCGUACCGCGUGGUGCUCGACUACCUCCUGCCGCUCGCCAUCCCGCUGCUGCUCUUCCGCGCCGACCUCCGCCGCGUGCUCCGCUCCACCGGCGCGCUGCUGCUGGCCUUCCUGCUCGGGUCCGCGGCGACGGCGGCGGGUACGGUGGUGGCGUUCCUCCUCGUCCCGAUGCGGUCGCUGGGCCCGGACAACUGGAAGAUCGCGGCGGCGCUGAUGAGCCGCCACAUCGGGGGCGCCGUCAACUACGUUGCCGUCUCCGAAGCUCUCGGGGUCUCCCCGUCGGUGCUGGCGGCCGGGCUCGCCGCCGACAACAUCAUCUGCGCGCUCUACUUCACGAGCCUCUUCGCACUGGCCGCCAAGAUCCCCAAGGAAGACCCAACGGGGAGCGACGGCGAGUCCGUGGCCGGCGACGACAGCAGCAGCAGCAGCAGCAGCAGCCACAGCGCCGUGGCCAUGGCGGCCGCGUUCGCCAUAUGUAAGGCGGGGAAGCUGGCGGCGGCCGCGCUGGGCAUACAAGGGGGAAGCCUCCCCUGCAUAACAGUGGUCUCGGUGGCUCUGGCGACGCUGUUCCCCUCGCAGAUCGGGAAGCUGGCGCCGUCGGGCGAGGCCAUGGCCGUGGUCCUGAUGCAGGUGUUCUUCGCCGUAGUGGGAACCAACGGAAGCGUCGGCAACGUCCUCGACACGACGCCUGCCAUAUUCGCCUUCGCCUUCGUGCAAAUCGCCGUGCACCUCCUGCUGACCCUGGGCGUCGGCAAGCUGCUCGGCAUCGACCGCAAGCUGCUGCUGAUCGCGUCCAACGCCAACGUGGGCGGCCCGACCACCGCCUGCGGGAUGGCCACCGCCAAGGGGUGGUCCUCUCUGGUGGUUCCGGGGAUCCUCGCCGGCAUCUUGGGCAUCGCCAUCGCCACCUUCGCGGGAAUCGCCUUCGGCGUGCUCGUCCUCAAACGCAUGUAGUAAUCCCGGGGAAUCCGGUGCAGUCGCAGUAGUGGAUUCGAUUCUUCAUCACAAAAUUUCAGACUGUGCAGUGCUGUCAAGCAUAGUCAAACCAAGAACCUACUAACGUCUGCAGCCAAGAACUGGGGUUACGGAGGUAUCUCAACGUUGGGAAAAUUUGCGACAAGCGCAGAGAUCUUGGAGUGUGGAGGGCGGCCUCACCUCGUGAAUCCUAUCAGGAACCACAACUCCUUCGAUUCAGGCCACAGCAGGGCUUCAUGCAAAAUCGCUGCGAGAUUUUGUGCGCUCGGAACCGGGCCUUGGGGAUCUUGAUCGCCGCGAUAACGAUGGACGUGUGCGCGCGUGAUGGUAGCAGUGGCAUACUGGCAUGGUUUGCCGCCGUUCCGGGGUUCCCGGUUGUUGCAGCUUGAGCUUGUCGUGGGUUUGGCAAUUGGAGGAAGUGAUCUGAAUUGGACACUGGAAUUUGUCUGUACUCCUGUAGCGAAUAAACAGGUUCUCGUUAGUUUUCUGCUUU